AUGGACGGAGUUUUUUCAUCAGAAAUCAAGCACAAUUUGCUAGAGAAUUAUUACCACAUUAUUAUAAACACAAUAAUAUGGCCAGCUUUGUCAGACAAUUGAAUAUGUAUGGUUUUCAUAAAAAAGUUUCUGUCGAACUUGGUGGUUUAAAAUGUGACAGAGAUGAAAUGGAAUUUGCACAUCAGUUUUUUUGUAAAGGACAUCCAUAUUUGGUAGAACAUAUUAAAAGAAAAAUUGCAUCUAGCAAAGGACAAGAUCCAACACUUACUCCUAUUAAGCCAGAAUUAAUGAAUAAAAUGCUUACUGAAGUUAGAAGUAUGAGAGGUCGUCAAGAACAUUUAGAUUCACGACUUGGAGCUAUGAAAAGAGAAAAUGAAGCAUUAUGGAGAGAAUUAGCAAUGCUUAGACAAAAACAUCUUAAACAACAACAAAUUGUCAAUAAACUUAUACAUUUUUUAGUUACUUUAGUACAACCUUCAAGAAAUGGUGGUCUUUCUGUUAAGAGAAGAUAUCCAUUAAUGAUUGAUGAUUCUAGCCGUCAACGUAACAAACAAGCAAAAUUAUCCAAGUCACAAGCAUCUCCCGCAGGACCUGUUAUUCAUGAGCUUGAUGCAUCAGAACCAGAUCUAGAUUCAGAAUAUAUUGUUGCAGAAAUGCUUGAAGGACAUCCAAAUCCAGCUAUUGAAAGUCCAGAGCAUAAUAAUACAUUAAUAAUGGAAGAUAACAAUAUGGAAACAAUUCAUUUGGUUGAUGAUUCUGUUCAAUUACAAGAUGAUAUACAACUUAUUAAUACACAAGAAAUUGAAGCGAAAAAGAAACGCGGAUGUAAGGUAAAAAAAAGUAAAUUAUGGCACAGCAACGAUUUUAAAAGCUCAAGAACGAAGAUUGGCAACUGCUUAUCUCACUUUUCUAGGGAAGAAACACAUAUGCUUGAAAUGCCAUUAGAGGAUUCACCAGUGACGAUCGCUUUGUUGGAAAAUAAACCAGUCUCUAAACCAGUACCUAUGGCAACUGUACGUAGUUCAAAACUUGCAGCAAUGGCAGCUAAUAUGAGUAAAACCACUGAAACAGAGCACGAGCUCGAUAUAGAAACUCCAACAGAUUUGGAAGAAGAUAUUCAAGAGAAUGAUCCAACUUUAGUGAAACUUGAGGACAUUUUAAUAGUGCCAGAAAUCAUCAACGAAGAUAUUGAAAGUAAUGAGAACGACUUUAGUGAAAAUAAUGGCAAUUCUGAAACUAGUGAAAAUGACACUACAUUUGAUCAACUAAACAAAGUAGAUGAUAACAAUGAACAGAAUAAUAGAAGAAAUUCCUAUACAAAUGGUGCUGAGAAAUGUUUGGAACAAGAAAAAGACAACUGCAAUGGAGCAAGCACAAGCAAUUCAAAAAAUUUAUCUCUAAGUUGUGUCAUUUCUUCUGGCAUGUGUGACGCUGCUUACAGGUUAGGUUCAAUGGAGGAAAUGGAUAAUCAUCUCGAAACAAUGCAAACGGAAUUGGACAAUCUCCGUGAAAUCUUACGUAGCGAAGGUUACAGUAUUGAUGCAAAUACACUUCUUGGUUUAUUUGGAGCGGAUGAUCCAAUGUCGUUCGGUAUGCCAGUUAAUCCAGAAUUAAAUCCACAUUCUGAGAAAGAGGAAGAUGAUCAUACUAAUGUUGCAGAAAACAUUAGUGGAACAAGUGGUGGUGAACUUAUGGCAUAUAAUCCUACUUCAAAUUUAUUAGAUUUCGAUGAUGACAUUUUUUUGAAUGCCACAUCUCCUGUAACUAGCACAGCAGGUGAUACAGCUACGACCAGUCUUUAUACCUCGGAUCCUCUAGAUUUGGAGGAUAAUAAAGUUUCACUUCUCAAUUCCUUAACAAAUGAUGUAAACACUUCAUCAUAAAGUCUUAUUCUUAUGCCUUGGAGGAAAGACUGCUGGAUUUUUAAUUACCUUAUUGGUAAUAUCUUCGUUUUAAUUAGCAUAUAUGAUGCUAAUUAAUCCUAUAACAAGUUUAAUAUAUGGAGGGGAUGAUAGAAACAAUUAAAGUGCAUAAAAUUCCUUGAAGAGGAAAGUAAACAAGAUAAAGAACCAAAUGACACAAAUUUAGAGAUUGAAAGAAACAAUUUACCUUGAUAUUAAUAAAUUAUACGGAUAAAAACAUAUUUCAUGAACUUAUUAAAAAAAAUAUAUGACAUACAAAAACAAUAAAAAGGAAUAAAGAAGUGAAAAUGUGCGCAUCAUAUAUAUAUAUAUUUAUAUAUAAUAUAUAUAUUGAGAAAAUAUUAUAAACUUCCAUUUUCAUUGUUUUGUAUAUAAUCACGCAGAAUUGUUGCAUUGAUAAGAGAAGAAACGUAGAAUAUUUCUUAAAAAUGUUCGUCACGAAAAAUAACAUUUUUUUACAUAGUGUGUGUAAUGCACAGUAUUAGAAUAUAAAUAAAUUCUAUAUUGAGCAAUAUGUACGUCAAAACGUACAAAUAUAUGUAUAUAGAAAUCUAUAUAUAU